AUGUCAACUCGAGGUCGCUCCCGAGCCAGAGCCUCUGGUCGAGGCGCCCGCUCUCCGAUUUCUCUCCCAGACACUGCGCGAGCAACACACAUUGACACCGUUGGAAUCAGGCGCCCAGGGUUUGGCACCAAGGGUAGGGCGACAGAGAUCAUCGUCAACUGUUUCCUCGCCAAUGUGCCGUCCCAAAUCAUCCACCACUAUGAUGUCAUAUCACCCGAUGAAAAGAAACUUCCAGCUGCAGUGAACCUCAAGCUGAUAACCCACCUGCAAACUACUAUCGCGCCAGAUGUUUUCACCCCGCGCGGAGUGUACGAUGGGAGGAAAAACUUUUUCUCGUCAAAGGAACUUCCUUUCGGAGGACAGAAAUCGAUGGAGUUCAAUGUUCCUUUUAUCGAUGGUCCCACUGCUGCGCCUGCGACCUCGCACCGAGGGCCCAGAAUAUGUCAAGUCAAGCUUACCAAGGUCGCCCAGAUUAAUACAGAAGUCCUAAGGCGCUUCACCGAAGGCUUGCAAUCGGCGGAUGCGAAUGUUCAAACUGCGAUCACCGCCUGUAACGUCGUUGUGAGGAUGCAACCCAUCCUCAGCCAUCCUUUUAAUACGAGGUCGUUCUUCCCGGGGACUGAACGCAAGGACCUCGGUGAGGGCCUGGAGGCCUGGCGUGGUCUGUUUCAAUCCGUGAGACCAUCUUUUGACCGCAUUUUCGUCAACGUCGAUAUCUCCACUGGCAUAAUGCACAAGGGCGGUCCCCUCGAGGAACAUCUUCUGGCGAUCCUCAGAGGUCGACGACGUGUGGAAGGGAAAACCGGUCUUCGCGCCAAAACCCUGGACCCUCAAUGUCUGCGGUUCCUCGAAAGGAGCGUAAAUGGGAUUCGGGUAAUCGUUAUGAUCCCUGGCGCGACACCUCGUGAGCGCGUGUUGAAGGGUUUGACUUCGAAAGACAGCAGUGCAGUGUUCCUUAUGCCGGAUAAAACCAAGAUCUCGGUGGCGCAGUACUACCAAACAGUUGGAAAUGGAAGUAUUGUUCCUCUGGAAUUCUGCGUCGUCAAAGAAGGACAGUUCAUGCGGAAGCAGAUCCCGCAGGAGAAAAUAGCCGACGUCCUCAAAUUUUCGACAAAUAAGCCCAACGAUAGGUUGAACAAAAUUCGUGAAGGACGAAAUGCCCUAGGCCAUCAAUCUGAAUAUGUCCAGUCCUUUGGACUCGAAAUCGAUGAUAGUCCAAUGAAGGUUCAAGCUCGCGUCCUCGCCCCUCCCAGAUUGAAAUACGGGAAAAACUCUAAAAGGCCUGGUGCAGAGUUUGAGACCCCACAAAACGGCGCAUGGAACAUGAAGGACCGUAAAUUCUAUCAAGGUAGUGCCAUUGGUGGCAGAUGGGGUGUAGUCGUUUUCGGAGACGGAAGGUCUCGUCAGGGGAAUGUUACCGAGAUGAUUAGAAGCUUGGUUGCCGCUUGUCAGGCGACAGGCAUUGCGAUCGAGCCCACCAAAUACUGGGCAGAAGUUCCCAGUCAGGGGUCUGUGGUCCAUGACCAGUUGAAGAGAAUCGGACAGAGGAUUUACGAUGGUCAUAACAAAGUCCCUCCUUCUCUCAUCGUCGUAGUUCUUCCAGAUGGACCCGUCGCCAAUGAAAUCUACAGCCAAGUCAAGUUCUUCGGGGAUGUCAAGAUGGGUGUCCACACCCAGUGCAUGAGGGCGAUGCGAUGCUUUGGGGGCAAUAACCAGUAUUUUGCCAAUAUUGCAUUAAAGUUGAAUGCAAGGCUUGGUGGUGUCAACGUUGCUCCAGACCUGUCAGACGGGGUCUCAAGGAACCUUCUUUCCCCGCCGAACAAGACCCUUGUCAUGGGUGCCGACGUUAUCCACCCGUCUCCUGGCUCGGAAGGCCGACCCUCGUUCACUGCUGUGGUCGGAAGCACUGACUGCAACAUGACCCGCUUUGUUUCUUCCACCCGUGCACAAACCUCUCGGGAAGAAAUCAUCGAUGACUUGAAGGAUAUGAGCAUGGAAGUCUUAGGUCAGUAUAAGCAAACUAACAAAGCCAAUCCCACGAGCAUCAUCUUCUAUCGAGAUGGUGUAUCCGAGGGUCAGUUCCAACACGUUCUGGAGAAAGAGGUCGCUGCCUUGAAAGCGGCCUGUCAAAGUCUCGGUAUACCCAGCGCGAAGAUUACAUUCAUUAUCGUCGUGAUUCCAUUCGUUGCAGAUUCUUCCCCGCCUCCCAAAAUGACGCCGACAGGUCUGGAAACUGCAAGGCCGGCACUGUCGUCGAUGGUCACAUUACUCAUCCUUUGGAAUAUGACUUUUACCUUCAGUCGCAUGGCGGUCUCCUUGGAACGAGCCGCCCCGCUCACUACUCCGUCCUCUAUGAUGCAAGACAACCAGUUGAGCCCUGACGCCAUCCAGUCCUUGACUUUUACUUUGUGUCAUCUCUACGCCCGGUCCACGCGCUCCGUUUCCAUUCCCGCUCCAGUCUACUAUGCUGACAUUGUCUGCUCCCGCUCCAAGAACCACUUUGAACCCGAAACAAGAAGCGGUUCUGCGAGCGAAUACAGCGGUACCAACGGAGGUCCCGCGCGAGAUGUUGAGGAGGUCAAGAAAAACUUCAAGCCACUGCAUCAAAACAUGAAGAAUGCGAUGUACUUUGUGGUACGUGUAUCCAGCUCUGGAUGUUUGUUCGACGGAACGCUUAACCUAACUUCCAAGUGA